ACUUUCACUUUCUCACAUAUUAGCCCCACUUGCUUCCUCCUCUCUUUUCUCCUUCUUCUUCCUCCUCCUCAUCUCUCUCUCUUCUCUGUAUCACCCCAAAAACGAAGAACAUUGAAGCUUCUUUACCUUUUCACACAUAAAUGAGAGACCUUGAGCACUUAAAGACUAACCUGAAUCAUCCAUGGCCACCUAUCGGAGCUCCGAUGAAUCUCCGGCGAGAAGAGCCAUGGAAAUCUCAAUUCGACGACUCAGUUAACGCUGUCUCCUUUGGCUUCGUUGCUACAGCUAUUCUCAUCUCUAUGUUCCUCGUCAUGGCUAUCUUCGAGAGACUGAUUCGGACAACCACUACUUCAACUACUAACUCAGAUUCCUCUUCAAGUCGGGUCCUUCCGGGUAUGGAUUCUCGGGUCGGAUUUAAUGGUGCUGCAACUAAACUCGGUUAUCAAUCUCCCAAGAUGACUGUUUACUCAAACGGGGUAUCGGUAUUGAUGCCAGGAGAUGAUAUCCCUACGUUCAUCGCUCAUCCAGCGCCCGUGCCUUGUCCUCCUCAAAACAUCUCACAGUCUCAGGAUCAACAUAGCUCAUCAAGAGACUCCUCCAACUCAAACUCCAUUCAAGAAUGUUAAAGACUGUUUAUUUAUCUUAUCUCCAUCACCAUUCACCAUUGGCUUAUUUGACAUUCGAGCGACCAACCACAUUCAGUUGAGUUGAGUUUGGCAUCGGAUGUUUUUGUUUUCUUGUAUUGUUCUUUUUUUUUUCUCUCCCGAUGAUUUCGCUACAUUGAUUGGGUUCGGGGAGAUUAUUUAUCCGCAUUUUGUGUAAAUAGCAUUAGGAUCAAAAACUGGUUUAUGCCCUUUAGCUUAUAGCCUUAAGCAUAUAUUCAAGAUUUGACUUGGGUUUAUUUAGUUUCUCUGUUAUUUUGCUUUUUA